AUGAUCGCAGCAUUUGGAAAAGAAAAUUCCGAAACCGACUUUCCCCACCCCGAAGCGGUGAUCUGCCCAUCUCCCCUCUCCGCGUCCUCGGAAAACCGCGAUCUGUUCAUUAGAAACACCUCGUCUAGGAGAGACACGCAGACCUCCACAGGCAGCGCGAACCCAGAGGAAAGCAGCACAAAGCGCCUGGUCUGUUCUGCAGCUGCCACCGCUGCCUACAUCAUGACAUCUGGAGAGUUCAUGCAUACCACUCCCCUGUUCAUCCGGAGAUCCAAGAGAAACAUCCUCUAUAAGAUCCUCUGCUUCCUCGUGCUGCUCCUCCAAGGAGGCAUCCUAGAUUUCUACCUGAUUGUGUUCACCGAUCUCUACUGGUGCUCCUGGAUAGCCACCGACCUAGUGGUGAUGACAGGCUGGGGAAUUUUCUUUCUAAAAAACGCCAGGAGCAAACGGGAGCGAGCUUGUGGAUUCCACCAGAAGAGCUCCAUAUUCGGCUGCAACCUGGGGGAGUUCACCUACGCUUACCUCGCCUGGCUCAUUUAUGUCAUAGCGUGCACCCCUAAAGUGGUUCUUAUACUGGAGACUUCGAUCCUAGACCUCAUCAUGUUGAAAGUGCCGCUCGGAAUCACCGGCUUCAAGAUCAUCAUCACGCUUUCCGCGCCGCUGCUCUACUGCCUGAUAAACUCAGUCAUCGAGGACUUGAACGGAGCGACACGUUAUCAUUCCCAGAGUUGCUUUUUGAACACCUGCUUGGACAUGCUGGACAGCUUCACUUUGAUCGAAAUGCUCCUAAGGAACGAGAUUCCAACCGUCUACUUGAAGUACACUGUCAUCUCCGUCUACUUCAUCGCGCUGGGUGUACCCGUGCUUUGGCUGUACGAGCUGACAGCCUCCCAGAUGCGCUGUCGGUGGAUCUGGUCUAGGUUCCUCUCCGGCGUCUUGGUCAACGCUCCUUUGCUUGUUGUAAGAUGUUUUCUGGUUUACGUUUACAAAAUGCCUAUGUCGGUGUUGAUGUUUAAGAACAUGUUCUUCCUGGGUUGUAAGUGCCUGGAGUUGAUUGAGCAAUGUCUAACCGUGCGCGGAGCUCGAAGGUUCGCCAGCAGUAACCCGGCACAAGUGUCCCAUUGCGUCUCUGAGAACGACAUGUGUCCACACGGCUAUGUCAACACCUUGGCCGUGACCACUCAGUCCUAA